AUGAGGGGCGUCGCUCUGCUGUGUCUCCUGAUUGCCGCGGAGGUUGGAGCCACUCGGUUUGUCCGCAACACCCAGGGCGGCUCCGAAGCUUCAGAACCCUCAAAGAACAAUGCAUCCUUCCCACUUCCACCUCUACAGCCAGCCCGGCCGAGGGGCUCCUUCCCCCCCAUGUGCAUAAAGCCCACAGAGAUCAAGAACGCCUUCAAGUAUGUGAACACGAUCGUGUCCUGCCUGAUCUUUGUGGUGGGGAUCAUCGGCAACUCAACGCUCCUCAGGAUCAUAUACAAGAACAAGUGUAUGAGGAAUGGACCCAAUGUCCUGAUUGGCAGCCUGGCACUCGGAGACCUGCUUUAUAUCAUCAUUGCCAUCCCCAUAAAUGUGUUUAAGCUAAUUGCUGAAGACUGGCCAUUUGGUGUAUACGUCUGUAAAUUGAUGCCUUUUAUCCAGAAAGCUUCAGUGGGAAUUACUGUCCUCAGCCUGUGUGCCCUCAGUAUUGACCGCUACCAUGCAGUGACGUCAUGGAGCAGAGUGAAGGGGAUGGGUAUCCCUCUGUGGAAAGCAGUGGAGGUGACUCUGAUCUGGCUGGUUGCUGUGCUGCUCGCAGUCCCCGAGGUGUUGGCAUUUGACAUGCUGGAGAUGCCGUACAGAGGCAACAAGCUGCGUGUGUGCUUGAUGCAUCCAGAACAGACCACCAGCUUUUUGAAGUUCUACCAGAAUGUGAAAGACUGGUGGUUGUUUGGCUUCUAUUUCUGCUUCCCACUGGCCUGCACAGGAAUCUUCUACACACUCAUGUCAUGUGAGAUGCUCAGCCGCAAAAAAGGCAUGCGCAUCGCCCUCAACGACCACAUGAAACAGCGGAGGGAAGUAGCGAAGACGGUGUUCUGCCUGGUGUUGAUUUUUGCUCUCUGCUGGCUGCCCCUUCAUCUCAGCCGUAUUCUGAAGAAAACAAUCUACGACCAAAAUGACCCCAACCGCUGUGAACUGCUCAGCUUCCUGUUAGUGAUGGAUUACAUCGGCAUCAACAUGGCCUCGCUAAACUCCUGCAUUAACCCGAUUGCCCUCUACUUUGUCAGCCAGAAGUUUAAAAACUGCUUCCAGUCUUGCCUGUGCUGCUGGUGCUACAGAACAUCUCCCCUGGACGAACAGGGCUCGGGAGGGCGCUGGAAGGGCUCUUGUCACGGAAACGGACUAGACCGCUCCAGCUCUCGUUCCAGUCAGAAAUACACAAGCACUUCAUAAACACACUCAUCACACACCAAACCCAUGUUCCUAUUAACUCCCAUUAUGGAGAAACAGCAUCAUUACUGCCAACUGACCGGGAAAGGGAAAAAUGGAGCGAGGUGGACGACAGCAACAGACUGGAAGAAGACUGUUCGGCCUGUAACUGCAAAAACUGAUGCAAGGCUACAUAAAUCUGUUCAUACUCCCACACUGAGGCUUAUGUUAUGGACAAAAAGUCUCUCAGUGGACCAACAUGGUAAAUACAUUUAUGAAGAAUGUCUAUUAACCACAUGUAAAUAUAUGUACAGGAUUAUCUACAUACAGAUUGCAGUUUUAUGAUUAUAUCUAGCGCUUCACGUAUGAAUUACAGCACCAGAAACUUCUACCUGUUGAAGCUUUAAUACCUCACGGGGAUAUAGGGAAACUGUGACCCUGAGCUAUUUUCCAAAAAAGCCCCAAAAGGUUUUUGUUAUAGAAAUGUGUGCGAGUGUGCCUCUGCAUAUUAAUGCAAUCAGUAGCUUAUUAUCUGACAAUCAGUCCACUGCACGUUGUCACCGGGCUCCUCAGCAUCCAUGUGCCCUGGUGACAUCAUACCAGAGUAAAAUGAGCCCCACUGUGUGACUUACAGUCAUGUGGAGAGUCGAACAUCGGACACUUUUAUCUGGAAAUCAUUGCUGCUUUAAGUCAUGUGGAGGGCAGCUGUUGUCUGAGAAUGCUGACAAAUACCAGAUGAUUCUCAUCGUGCUAUGCAGAAAAGGUCAUUAUGAGACCUGUUAUCAUUGCCAUGUUCAUGCUGUUGUACGUCUGCUGUCCACUGUGUCUUCCAAUGUAGCAUUUAUUUUACUAAGAUGUCACGAUAUACGUCACGCACUCAUUUAUUAUUUCACCUUUGACAGUGAGUGGUCAUGUUACAUAGAUAUUCCUGUGGCUGGAAAUGACUCUGACAAUUACUUCUGAGAACUGCUCGACGAAUACAUUUUCUAGAAUUGAGCCCUGUAAACGAUGUCAGCUGGAUGUCUUUAAGGAGUGAAUGUUUUUACAGAAGAUAACAUUUCCUAAAGAUUAUUUUGAUAUAUCAGAGGUUUCUGUUAAAUAUAAUCAAACUAAAAUUCAAGAUCCUUGUUAAUUUAAUGUGUGUAACCAACAGCAUUUGUGACGGGGAGGUGCGAGAUGAAGAAGGAUCCUGGAAUAGAAAAUCAGAUUUAGGAUGUCUGUAGCUGGAGGUAGCUGCAAGUCGUCAGUAGCAACGUACUUGGGGCAAAUCUUGUGAUGUCAACUCGCGAAGAAAGAGAAUAAUUACACACAAUAAUUUCUGGUUCUUAUAAAGUCAGGCAUGAGGAGAAAACGAAGGUCGUGCCCAAUAGCAAGUCUUAUGAUGCAAGAAAAUUAUCGUAAGCAAACUUUCAACCUGCAUGAGUCAAAGUUUUUAAACACUGGCAGUAUUGAGAGCAUGUACUGAUGAGAAGCACAACGUAAAUUCAUUUUAUCCAGCACUUUUAUUAGGUCACAGUACAUUGUGACUAAGACACAGUGUUGGAAACGUCAUGUCACUGAGUUUUCGACAUAAAACUAAUAAACAAAAGUCUCCUCUCCUCUCCCACCACAUGUGUUCGUUCACACUGAAGCAUUUUAAAAAUGUAUCUUAUAUAAUAUAUAACAAAGUAUUUCCCUUGCUCGCUGUAUUAGUAAUUCAUCGCGUCUAUUUGUGUAAUGGAAGGUAUAGAGGGGUCACCAAGCUGAAACAUGUACAAGUAAUGUGAGGUUGAAGAUGAAAUGUAAUGUGAAUAUUGGCCCCAGUGUUUUAAACAUUACAUGUUUAUUUAAACAUUACAUUUAUACUGUACUUAUUUGCUGAGGCUAUGUAGUAAUAAAUAUUAUUUUAUA